AUGAACAGGCCGUUACCGGGAGUACUCCAUACCCCUGGCUUUGCGCACUACGGCAUUGCUUGGUCGCCCUUUCACAACAAUAGGCUCGCGCUUGCGUCCUCCGCGAAUUACGGACUUGUAGGGAACGGAAGGUUGCACAUAGUCGGACUUGGUCUAGGGCCUGGCGGAUUGCCUCAGCCUGGUAUUGACAAGUUUUAUGAGACACAGGACGGUUUGUACGAUGCCGCUUGGUCCGAGAUACAUGAAAACCAGCUCGUAACGGCAUCGGGAGACGGAUCUAUCAAGCUAUGGGAUGUCAUGAUCAAGGUAGGUUCUGCACGUAUCUCGGACCUACCAAUACGCGCAUGGCAAGAACACACGCGAGAAGUCUUCUCCGUUGACUGGUCCAACAUCGCUAAGGACCAGUUCAUAUCCUCAUCUUGGGAUGGAACAGUGAAGCUCUGGACACCCGACCGCCCGCGCUCACUAACAACCCUCCAAGCACACCCCUCCUGCGUCUACCAAGCGCUCUUCUCCCCACACCAACCCGACACCGUCGCGACCUGCUCCACGGACGGCACCGUCCGCAUCUUCGACCUCCGCUCCCCCGCCUACAUGCCCUCCGCGCCCGGCGCGAACUCCUUCACAGCGCCCCUGGCGGCCGCGGCGCUCACGAUCCCCGCGUCGGGCGGGGAGGUGCUCACGCUCGACUGGAACAAGUACCGCCCGUGGCUGCUCGCGAGCGCGGGCGUCGACAAGGCCAUCAAGGUCUGGGACUGCCGCAUGGUCAAGCUCGGUCCGGAUGCGGCGCAGAACCCGGCGGUGGGCGGGGUGUGCGAGGCGCAUCUGGCGGGGCAUGAGUAUGCGGUGAGGAAGGUGCAGUGGAGCCCGCACAGGCCGGACGUGAUCGCGAGCGCGAGCUAUGAUAUGACGUGUAGAGUAUGGUCGACGACGCCGCAGCCCGGCGCAGGGCACCUGUUGUACAUUCACGAUCCUCACACAGAAUUUGUGGUUGGUUGCGGAUGGUCUCUGUAUGACGAAGGCGUACUGGCCAGCUGUAGUUGGGAUUGUCGGCUGAAUGUAUUCCGUGUAUAG